AAACAAUGAGCUUUACGUGAUCUGACUGAAUCUGAUCUGCUGGCUGGUGCAUCUCCUGCAGAAUAAUGCAUUGUCUAUAAAAAUGGGAGGCAGUGGAUCCAAACCCAAAGGAGUUUGGCCUUUUACCAGCUCAGCGGCUGGAGGAGAAGCUCCCGGGGAGGGCAGCGAACAGUGUUUAGCACGUCUGCGAGGAUCCAAGAAUGCCACACCAUUUGUUUUCACAAGGAGAAGCUCCUUGUAUUUUGAUGAAGAUGGAGAUCUGGCUCAUGAAUUUUAUGAGGAGACUGUGGUGACCAAGAACGGCAGAAAGAAAGCAAAGCUGAAGAGAAUUCAGAAAAACCUUAUACCUCAGGGAAUAGUGAAAUUAGAUCACCCCCGAAUCCACGUGGACUUUCCUGUGAUCCUGUGUGAAAUCUGACAUGAUCCCGGACGUCCUUCAUCCGUCCGUCACCACAGCGAGGCUUCCACCAAAAACAUCAUACUUUCUGAUUAGUGUUUUGGUGUAUUGACAGCAGACGUGCAUCACUCUGUCCUCUGUGAUGCACAGUAAGUAUGGAAAACUAAAGCAAUGCAGGGAUUAUACAUAAAUCACUGGUGUUUGUUGAUGUCGACCGCACUGCACUUGUGUGUGAUUAUCAUUGUGUUGUAUAUUAUGAUAUUCUGUUGUGUCUGAUUCUGUUUGUUGGGUUGUGACCCCUAUCUGCACUUGUAAACAUGUACUGUACAGUAAGUUAUGAGUUCAUAUACAUGAAUAAAAUGGUUUAGCAGAUUA